AUGGCUGCCCCUCGACAGGGAGAAACGAGGCCCCAAGAGGCGGCCUUUGCUGCCCACAGCUCCAGCGAAAACAAUGGGCUUAACCGACGCAGUCGCUUACCCCUGGAUACUGCGGUCGCUCCCGUGCACCAGAACGGCUGCUUUGAGAUCGAUCGUGUCAUCAAGAGCGGCUGUGUCCAGAAGCGGACCCAAAAGACAAAGAACUGGAAGACGGUUUACCUUGUCUUGCGACCGAAUGGCAUCUCCCUCUACAAGGACGACAAGGAGGCCAAGCUCCGUCACCACCUCUACUUAUCAGACCUCUCCGCCGUGGCCAUCCUCAAGGACCCAAAACACAAGCGCAAGAACUUGUUUGGGCUCUUUUCUCCGUCGAGAAACUUUCACUUCGCCGCCCCCACGGCACAGGACGCGCAGGAAUGGGUUGAUUCAAUUCGCAAAACCGCCAGGCUCGACGAGGAAGAGGAAGAAAUGUACAUGGGCAGUCCUGGGGCGCAUAUCUUGUCCCCCGGCGCGACUGACGCUUGGGGACAGCACGUAUACAAUAGUGCCUUCUCAAGCUCUCCCGAAAAUCUAGGCGUGCUCGAUCCGUCGGCGCACAAGUUCAUGGGAUCAAACCGUCGCUUGUCCUACACAUUGGAAUCCUCUGGCUUGUCCGGCAACGAAAUGCUCUCCUACUCUGAUUUCUCCGACACCGAAAUUCCACGAGCACAGGGCGCCUCUUUUGAGAAUCUGGCCGUCCAACUGCCCGCUGAAAUGAGAGCCCAGGGCGUCCAGCCUCGACAGCCCAACCUGCCAGGCCAGCGACCCGAAACAGGCGCCCGCUCAGCGAGCCAAGUCAGUGCCGUGACCGCUGAGCAAGAGUCUGAACGCGUCGUCUGGCAGGGCUCUCUCUGGAUGCAGCGAACCAAGGGCGGCGUUCGCCAGUGGAAGCACAUGUGGGGGGUGUUGCGAGCCCGACAGCUGGUCUUGUACAAGGAUGAGUCAGAAUACUCUGCGCAGUCCAUCAUCGAGGUGUCUGAUGUUGUCAAUGUCGUCGAGAUUGACCCCGUCAGCAAAAGCAAGACGCACUGCCUCCAGAUCAUCACGGAAGAAAAGACAUAUCGUUUCUGCGCGCCUGACGAGGAGUCCUUGGUGCAGUUUCUUGGUGCCUUCAAGAGCCUAUUGGCCAAAAGGCGAGGACUCGAGGCUCGCGCAGCAGCAGCGGCGGCAGCAGCAACAGUCGUCGUCAACCCUCCUCCCUCAUAA